AUGUGUAGGCUACACCAUGUAAGUGUGUCUUAAUAAUGUAUAAUGCAGCUGUAUUCCUGUUCAGCCUGGAUGUGGUCUAGACACAACACAGAGACACAACCUCUGGGGGACUUUGCUUGUACAACCAUCGAGUAUCAAACCCAGCCACAGCCAACUACCACUGCCUAGUGGCUGACUGGAGUGUGUGUGUGUUGUAGAGGGAAUGAGAGAGAGAGAUGGUCAGCGUGAGCAUGCCAGUGUACAUGCUGGUACAGCACAAGGUAAGGCAAGACAACGGUGACAUGCAGUCAUGGAAUUGCUGUUAUUCAGUUUCACCCUGCUAUCCUCAAAUACUGGAUGGUGUUGAAAGCUCUGGAGAAGUCAAAAGACAUGAUCCUCACUGUGCUUGCCAGCUUGUCCAGGUGGGUGUGGAUGCGGUUCAGCAGAAAGAUGAUGGCAUUCUCAACUCCCAGCCAGGGCUGGUAGGCGAACUGAAGGGGGUCUUGGAGGGGUCUGACCAUGGUAAGGCUUUUCUCAUUGACUGUCAUUGAAACUUUACUUUUUUGAGAAGUUUGAAUGGGAUUUGAAAAGUUGAAUAAUACCUAGAAUGUAUGAAAGAUGAGGAACAUUUUGAUGUUUGAAUGUAGUUUCUAGCUGAAAGUAUGAAUGAAUAGAUAAGAGUUUAAAAAGUGUGUAAAUGAAGUCCCAAACCCAUACCUAGGCACCCGCCUGGCUCUCGGUGGUCCUCGCAGCCAUCAGCCUGCACCCCAGCCUGCUGGUCCCUAGUUCAUAUCCCUACAUACUUACCUUCUACGUGCUAGUCUCCAGUCAGCAUCUCAGCCUGCAAGCCAGGGGGUACCUCAGUCUGUUGCUGUCUUGGUGUCUUCUGGGAAAACCCCCAGGAGGAAGCGUGGCUCCCAAAGCUGCUCACCUGCUCCGCUGCCCAGCUGCUCGCCUGCUCCGCUGCCGCCUCCAGUCCCUGCGCCGCCGCGGCCUCCAGUCCCCAGCCCCCUGUCCCUGGGCGCCCUGCUGGAUUGCAGCAGCCCCUGUCCCAGGAUUCUCCGCUGGAUCGCAAUCGCCUCCUUUCCCGGCUGGAUCGCAGCAACACCAACCCCUUGUCACAGCUGGAUCACAGUCGCCUCCUGUCCCUGGGCACCCUGCUGGAUCGCAGUCGCCUCCUUUCCCGGCUGGAUCGCAGGAGCACCUACCCCUUGUCACAGCUGGAAUGCAGUCGCCUCCUUUCCCGGCUGGAUCACAGCAGCACCAACCCCUGGGCACCCUGCUGGAUUGCAGCAGCCCCCUGUCCCAGGAUUCUCUGCUGGAUCGCAACCGCCUCCUUUCCCGGCUGGAUCGCAGCAUCACCAAUCCCUCAUCGCCGCUGGAUCGCAGUCGCCUGCUUUCCUGGUUGGAUCGCAACCGCCUCCUUUCCCAGCUGGAACUCAGCAACACCAACCCCUUGUCGCAGCUGGAUCGCAGUCGCGUCUUUUCCCCGCUGGAUCGCAGCAGCCCCCUGUCCCUGGGCGCCCUGCUGGAUCACAGUCGCCUCCUUUCCCGGCUGGAUCGCAGCAGCACCAAACGCUGGGCGCCCUGCUGGAUUGCAGCAGCCCCCUGUCCCAGGAUUCUCCGCUGGAUCGCAACCGCCUCCUUUCCCGGCUGGAUUGCAGCAACACCAAUCCCUCGUCGCCACUGGAUCGCAGUAGCGUCCUUUCCUGGUUGGAUCGCAACCGCCUCCUUUCCCGGCUGGAUCGCAGUAACACCAAACCCUCGUCGCCGCUGGAUCGCAGUUGCCUCCUGCCCUGGUUGGAUCGCAGCAGCACCGAUCCCUCGUUGCUGCUGCCUGUACCUGCCCCUUUAUUUAGCCCUGAAGGACCAGCCAGCACCUCACCACAAGUCUCCACUUCACUAA